UACAACUCACAUACAUUAAAAAUAUACUGAUAAAGAUAGAAUAAGAGAGAGAGAGAGAGAAUGGAAGGGAGAGAGAGUUGUCACCCAUUGCUGAGAGGAGGUAGGAGAAGAGAGGAGAAAGGUUACAACCAUGGCUUAUCCACCACUCAGAUGCAUGUCAUGGCUGCCAUAUGUGAUGCCCUCAUUCCUUCCCUCCCACUCAACAAGGACACUUCACAAGACCAAGCUCUCUCAGACUUCUACAAUACCUCUGCUUCUCAGCUCCCUUUUCCUGAUGAGGCUGCAGAGCUGUUGUACAAGAGGACUGUGCCAGAAGCGGUGUCGUUGGUGAGUUGGGUUCUGUGGAUACUGUCUUUCAGAUUGGGGACACUGUUGCUCUGUGGAAGACUUUCCUUGGACUGGAAGUGGCCUUUCAUUCGCAAGUUCUCUGAGAUUUCCUUGGAGAAGAGAGAACAAAUUUUCAGGAACUGGACCAGGGAAAAGAGUUGGGUAGCCUUACGGGUAGUGUUUGUGCUCAUCAAACUCUUUUGCUUCUAUAAUUUCUUCUCAAGGACUGAUGCAAAUGGGCAAAAUCCCACAUGGAAAGCAAUUGGAUACCAAGUGGACACCAAGGAGAAGUUGAUCAGAAAGGAGAGGCCUUUGGAAAAGGGAUUAAUAGAAACAAUGUAUGAAACUGAUUCUACUUUGAUCCAAUCCCUCACUGAAAAAGGCCUUGAAGUCACUGAAGAUAAAAGGCAGAACCUGUACAAGGUCAAAUGUGAUGUUGUGAUUGUGGGGUCUGGUUGUGGUGGAGGAGUUGCAGCUGCAGUUCUUGCAAAUUCUGGUCAUAAAGUAGUAGUCCUUGAGAAAGGAGAGUAUUUUGUUUCACAUGAUUAUUCUUCCCUUGAAGGUCCAUCCAUGGAUGAACAAUACGAAUCCGGCGGCAUUAUGCCGAGUCUUGAUGGGAAGAUGAUGAUCCUGGCUGGCUCAACAGUUGGUGGAGGCUCUGCUGUAAACUGGUCUGCAAGCAUCAGAACACCUGAUUCUGUUCUGAGGGAAUGGUCUAAAAAAUAUAAAAUUCCACUCUUUGGUAGCUCCGAUUACCAAUCUGCGAUGGACUCGGUGUGCAGAAGGAUUGGUGUAACAGAGAAGUGCAAGAAGGAAAGCUUUCAGAACCAAAUUCUCAUACAAGGAUGUGAGAAAAUGGGCUUGAAAGUAGAGUCUGUGGCUAUAAAUUCCUCAGCAGAUCACUAUUGUGGUUCAUGCUGUUAUGGUUGCAGAACAGGAGAUAAGAAGGGAACUGACUCCACUUGGUUGGUUGAUUCUGUAGGCAAUGGUGCAGUGAUCCUCACUGGAUGUAAAGCUGAGAGAUUCAUACUUGAAAAUGGAAAGAAUGGAAUGAAGAAAAAGAAGUGCUUAGGAGUGAUUGCUGCAGCAAGUUGGAGGAGUAAGGUAACAAAGAAACUCCAAAUUGAAUCCAAGGUAACCAUCUCAGCAUGUGGCUCUCUCAACACUCCUCCUCUAAUGAUUUCUAGUGGACUAAAAAAUCCAAACAUUGGAAGGAAUCUCCAUCUCCACCCUGUCCAAUUUGCAUGGGGUUACUUCCCAGAAGACAUGACAACAAACUUCAGCGGCAACAACUACGAGGGGGGUAUCAUAACUUCGAUCCACAAGGAAUAUGCAGAGGAUUCCACCCCAAGGUUCAUCAUAGAAACACCUUCUCUAGGACCAGGAUCUUUUUCGGCGUUUGUUCCGUGGCUUUCAGGGCAGGACAUGAAAGACAGAAUGGCCAAGUACGCAAGAACUGCCAACAUUUUCGCAUUGAUACGAGACCAGGGAUCAGGAGAAGUGAAGGCUGAAGGGAGAGUGACUUACAGACUUGACAAAGAAGACAAAGAAAGCCUUAGAGUUGGACUGAGGAAGGCAUUGAGGAUUUUGGUUGCAGCAGGUGCUAUGGAAGUGGGAACAUACAGAAGUGAUGGCCAAAGAAUCAAGUGUAAGGGGAUGAAGGAGGAAGAUUUGGAGGAGUUUCUUGACACUGUGACAAUAGUUGGGGGUCCAAGGUCAAGGAAUGAAGUGUGGACAGUGUUUACCACUGCACAUCAGAUGUCAAGUUGUAGAAUGGGUGCCUCUGAAGAAGAAGGUGCACUCGAUGAGAAUGGUGAGACUUGGGAAGCAGAAGGCUUGUAUGUGUGUGAUGGGAGUGUUUUGCCUAGUGCAGUUGGUGUCAACCCCAUGGUAACCAUUCAGUCUACAUCUUACUGUAUUGCCAGUAAGAUUGCAGAAUCACUUGGCAAAGCAUCAACAUAUAGUUAAGUUGUAUUGUUUCAAUCUAAGUUUCAUAAAAAUAAAAAUAAAUGUACAUGUGCUUCAUCUCUUUAGUUUUGUUUAAAUUCAGCAUUUUGACCCGGCUAUAACGGUAUUGUUAGUGGUAGUUAAUGAAUUUCCAUGUAACUUUGUUAUUGUAUGCUAUGGAGGACUUUGUAAUAAAAUGUUAUUUAUCCUGUGUUUCUUA